AUGGAGAACCAAGCUACGUCUUCUUCAAGCUCCUCCACACCCAAGCCAGAAAAGCUCAAGAGCAUUUUGGUGGUCAUGGAGGAGUCCAAGGAGAGGGAAACAAGGGACACCAAUCUGAAACUUGGUUCUCCUCAAGAGGAGGUUACCUCUGAGAAGAGGAUGGAGAACCCUUGUUUUGGAUCUGGUCCUGUCCGAAGAGGAAGAGAGAUCAUGAAGCUUUACCCGUCGAAAUCGAACAAGGUCUACGCUUGUCAUUUUUGCAAGAAAGGGUUCUCCACCUCUCAAGCCCUUGGUGGUCACCAGAACGCACACAAGCAAGAGAGGGAAUGGGACAAGAAGAGGAAGGAGAUGGAAGCAGACUUCCCCGGGCUCGCUUUCUUGAACCCUUAUCUUGAUAAGCCUCACCUUCUCUUAGGUGGGUAUUCACAAGAUGCUUUAUCAAAUGAAAACCAUCUUGGUAUCACUCUUGAUCCUUUUAAACGUCUAGUUUACCCAUCUUUCAAUGGUGGAGUCACUGGAGGAAUCGCGGAUAUGAACAUGGCCGUGGUUCCUCGUGUGACUCCUACUCGUUUCUUCCCCGGAAACUCGAGUACCAAUGGUUUUGCUUCAAUGUUCCCUAAUCCUCCCCUACCAAAAAGGCAUUGUCCAUUGACUUCAAGAAACGUUUUCCCUUUUUCUCCUCCUCAAACCACCAAUCUUUCUAGAGAUGUGGUUCCUCAAGAGAAUGUUUUGAGAGAAAGGGACUUCAUCUCGCUGAUUGGAAGAAACAAUGUUGUGGAGAUUGAUGAUGAUGAGCCACAAGAGGAAAAUGACAUUGAUUUGACUCUAUCCCUUUGA